AUGUCCCCAACCCCUUCUGGGCGCGGCGACCUCACCCCUCAAAGGCACGGUUCGAUGCACCAGGCCGGGAGGGGCGCCAGCGGAUCAGGGCCGGAACCCGAUGGGCAACCAGCCAGGCAUCACCACCGGAAGCGGACUCGCGAGCGUUCACCCCCCAGGAGGCGCCGCUCUCACCGCACGUCCCCAGAGAGGAAGAGAAGACGACGCAACUCUUCUCCCGGGUCAUACGACCGAGUGCAGAGCGACGAGGAAGAGGGCUCGAGAUCCCGCCCUAGGAGACGACACGCCCGGUCCCCGUCAUCCUCGAGUAGUUCGUCACAAGGGUCGCGGCCGUCUUCGAGGGGUUCGUCCGGGCGAAGCCACGGACGCAGGUCUUCGAGGAGCCCAUCGUCAGGGUCCUCAUCGUCCACCCAUCGGUCGAGGACUACGCACGCACGUCGCCACGCCCCGCGCAGAAGUCACUCGCGGAAUCGGCGCUCGAGGUCAGAGCGGCACAUACACCGUGUGCAAGAGACGACCAAAGGUCCGCGUCGCCCGCAACUCGUCAGGGGAAAGCAGGCGAAAGCCGACUGCUAUUCGAUCCCCGACCCCAUCCGGAAAAAGUUCCAGGAAGGGUGGACGACACACAUCCCACUCAAUUAUCUCCCCGACAAGGCCGUCGCGGAAUACGGCUGCGACACGUUGUCCCUCCUCACGGACAUGUACGCAGUCGACCCCGCAAGAGGCCUCAUCCAAGCCGAGAAGGUUCUCCCGUCGGCGGGAGAACUGAAGCUGUCGUUCGGAGAGUGGCACCAGGCUUGGAAGCGUUUGCUCCAGCUGAUCAAGGCUUACUUCCCCCGCGAUUACGAGCGGUGGAAGAAGCAUUUCCGGCGCAUAUGCUGCACGGACGGGGCCACGUCUGAAAACUGGACCCUUUGGCUCGCGUACGACGCGGAGGUCCGCCGCCGGUGUCAUCUAGAGGGUAUAGACCCCGGGACUUUCCACAAGAACAUCUGGAAGAAGGUGGAGCCCACGCAUAUCAAAGCACAGGUCAUGGCGUCCUUGCAGCCCUUUCGGGCCCAAACCGCAUCACGGAGCUCCGGCGCCAGACCCGAACAAUCAUCCAGGCACGCAUCCGGGCGGGCCCAGCUCUCCUCCCCGAAACCCAUCGACUCGAAAUGUUUUUUCUGCGGCGGAAAGGGCCAUAAAGCCUCGGCCUGCAAGGCCGACAGGCUCAUCAACGGACAGCCGGUCAGGCUCACCCGCGGCGAGGACCGUUUGGUCAAGGACGACAAGGGCCGCCAGUAUUGCUUCUAUUUCAACAUGGCCGGCGGAUGCACGAAGAAAGACGCCGGACCCUGCGCCAAAGGAGACCACCGUUGCACUCUCUGCGGGGGUACGAACCACGGAGCGCAACUGUGCACCGUCGUGUGCUGA